AUGCGGGCUUCCCUGGCUCCGGGUGUCUGGUUCCUCCGCCACUUCUCCAGGGACAGCUGGUUCCGAGGCUUCAUCCUGUUGCUCACCUUCCUCAUUUAUACCUGUUACCACAUGUCCAGGAAGCCCAUCAGUGUUAUCAAAAGUCGUCUGCACCAGAACUGUUCUGACCUGAUCAAGCCCAUCAAUGACUCUCAUACUAUCAAUGAUACUACGUGGUGCAGUUGGGCUCCAUUUGACAAUGACAACUACAAGGAGUUACUGGGGGCUGUGGACAAUGCCUUCCUUGUGGCCUAUGCCAUCGGCAUGUUUAUCAGUGGGAUUUUUGGGGAGCGACUCCCCAUCCGUUAUUACCUGUCGGCUGGAAUGCUGCUCAGUGGCCUUUUCACCUCACUCUUUGGCAUGGGAUAUUUCUGGAACAUUCACAUGCUCUGGUACUUUGUGCUCAUCCAGAUCUGUAAUGGACUUGUCCAGACCACAGGCUGGCCUUCCGUGGUGACCUGUGUGGGCAACUGGUUUGGGAAGGGAAGGCGGGGGUUCAUCAUGGGCGUCUGGAAUUCCCACACAUCUGUGGGCAACAUCCUGGGCUCCCUCAUUGCCGGCCUCUGGGUGAAUGAGCAGUGGGGCCUGUCCUUUGUCGUGCCUGGUAUCAUUAUCACUGCCAUUGGCAUCUUUACCUUCCUCUUUCUCAUUGAAUACCCAGAAGAUGUGGAUUGCAGCCCUCCUCAACAUCAUAGUGGUACAGGAGAGGACCAGGACAACCUUGAGGACCCUGCACAUAGCUCCUACUCAGACAGAGAAAGCAGCUUGGAAACUCCCACCAGGUGUUCCAAGGAACCAAGUGUUAAGCCUGCUGCCAUCAGCUUCUUUGGGGCACUACGGAUCCCGGGCGUGAUAGAAUUCUCUUUGUGUUUGCUCUUUGCCAAGCUGGUCAGUUACACAUUCCUUUACUGGCUGCCCCUCUACAUCUUCAAUGUGGCUCACUUUAAUGCCAAGGAGUCUGGGGACCUCUCUACGCUCUUCGAUGUUGGUGGCAUUAUGGGUGGCAUCAUGGCAGGGCUUGUCUCUGACUACACCAAUGGCAGGGCCACCACCUGCUGCGUCAUGCUCAUCUUGGCUGCCCCUAUGAUGUUUCUGUACAACCACAUUGGGCAAAGUGGGAUGACCAGUUCCAUAGUCAUGCUGAUUAUCUGUGGGGCCCUGGUCAAUGGUCCGUAUGCACUCAUCACCACUGCGGUCUCAGCUGACCUGGGCACUCACCAGAGCCUGAAGGGCAAUGCCAAGGCGCUCUCCACUGUCUCAGCCAUCAUUGAUGGCACUGGCUCCGUAGGUGCAGCCCUGGGGCCUCUGUUGGCUGGACUUAUUUCCCCCACAGGCUGGAACAAUGUCUUCUACAUGCUUAUCUUGGCUGAUAUCCUGGCCUGCUUGUUCCUCUGCCGGUUGGUAUACAAAGAGAUUCUGGCCUGGAAGACGUCCCUGAGCGCUGGCAGAGGCUCUAGUCUGGCCCUAACCCACCCGCGAUAG